CGGUUGGAAACAGAAAGUCGAGAUCACAGAUACUCCAGUUCAAUUUAUUCGGCUGGUGAUGUAGCUUAUUUAUUCGCUCUGUUAAGUUGAUAUCGUCAACUCCAGUGAGCAAUUUCGUCUGAGGAUCCCAAAGAAACCGUCUUGGUUGCUCAGUUGUCUAAAUCAGGAGCCCGGUAGGCUGUUUGCUGCAACUGAUCCGAAGCUGCUAUUGAGGCUAAAAGAAAAAGUCAAGCAAGAGAGCUGCCGCGCCGGGGUGUCCCAGCCUCGGGAGUGCUGCCGGGAGCAGGACGAUGGUUUUGGGUUACCGUAGAGACGUGUAGCAUCACUUUGCCCCGUGGUCUCGGCAUCAGGACGCUCCCCUGGCCUGCUGUCUACUCAUGAUUGUACUGAGGGUGUUGGAGCCAUGUUUAGGAAUAGUCUGAAGAUGCUGCUGACGGGCGGCAAGGUCAACCGCAAGAACCGCAACAGCAGCAGUGAUGGAGGGAGUGAGGACCUGGCUGAUCCGCGCUCGCCCAGUCUAGACCAUCACUACCAGCUGAGACACGCCAGUAAAGGUGGGAGUAUAGACAGCGACGGUGUCUUCGAGGGCGACCUCCCGGGCCUGCCUUUCUCUGCGACCGAGGGCAUGCAGCACAUCCGCAUCAUGGAGGGCGUGUCGCGCUCCCUGCCCUCCUCCCCGAUGCUCACCCACCAGACCGUCAGCGUCCGACUGCAGCCCGCCAAGAAGCACCCAGCCCCCUUGCGGAAAGCAAAGUUUGUGGAGAGCCCUCGCAUUCCACAAUCAGAGCUCGGCUCCCCUACACACACCUCCUGUACUGCCAAUAACUACAACCUGGACACACACUGCCCCGGAGAAUCUAGUGGGGAGCUGGGCCCUCCUCCGUCGGUGGAUGAAGCAGCCAACACAUUGAUGACGCGCCUGGGCUUCCUGUUGGGAGACAAAGCUAGUGAGGGGCCAGACGGAGAUCAGUACAGCAUGGAAGAACCGGACGACCGGCAGGGCCUGGCUGGUAACCAGAGGAUCAGUCCCUGCUCCACUUUGACCAGCAGCACAGCCUCCCCACCAGCUGGCUCACCAUGCUCCACCCUGCCGCCGGGCACCGAUGGUGCCAUACCCGGGGGUAACCAGAGCAACAAAGACCACGCCUACGGAUCCGUCACCAGCCCCACCUCCACCCUGGAAAGCCGGGACAGCGGCAUCAUCGCCACCCUGACUAGCUACUCGGAGAACGCGGAGUGCGGAGGUAAAUACGGCGAGGGGGGGAACUCCCGGGGUGGUAACCUGAAGCUGUGGCAGAGCCAGAAGUGGGGCGUGGACUCUUUCCUUUACCGAGUGGACGAGAACAUGGCCGCCUCCACCUACAGCCUCAACAAGAUCCCGGAGAGACACCUGGACAGCAUGUCCUCUCACUCCGCCAACUCUGUCCCUCUGUACCUCAUGCCCCGCCCUAACUCUGUCGCAGCCACCAGCUCGGCUCACUUGGAGGACCUGGCCUACCUGGAUGAUCAGAGACACACUCCCCUGCGCACAUCGAUGCGCAUGAGCCGACAGAACACCCACACCGGGCCAGCUCGCGCCCAGACUGAUCUCAGAGCUUCUGCUAACAACCAUGCCUGGCAGUCCCAGUCACUGCGGUUCGCGCCAUACCGGCCUCCGGACAUAUCCCUGAAGCCCCUCCUCUUCGAGGUGCCCAGCAUCACCAUGGACUCCGUGUUCACGGGCCGCGACUGGCUUUUCCAGGAGGUCGACGGCCACCUGAACAGCGGCAACGGUAGCACCAACCGCGGCGUGGUCAUCGUGGGCAACAUCGGCUACGGCAAGACGGCCAUCAUCUCCCGUCUGGUUGCGCUGAGCUGCCACGGAACGCGCAUGAGACAGAUCGCCUCAGAUUCCCCGCAAGCCUCGCCCAAACACGGAGAACUGCCCCUCACCCAGCCCCAGCCAACUUACAGCACUGGCACCCUGGGAGGCAGUAGCUGUCCUGGGACUCCAGAGAUGAGACGACGACAGGAGGAGGCCAUGAGGAGACUGGCAUCUCAGGUGGUGGCAUACCACUACUGCCAGGCGGACAACGCCUACACGUGCCUUGUGCCGGAGUUUGUCCACAAUGUGGCGGCGUUGCUGUGUCGCUCGCCGCAGCUCAUCGCCUACAGAGAGCUGCUGCUCAGGGAGCCGCAUUUACAGAGCGUGCUCAGUCUGCGCUCCUGUGUUCAGGAUCCCCUGGCCUCCUUCAGAAGAGGAGUUCUCGAACCCCUGGAUGCCCUCUAUAACGAGAGGAAGGUCGCCUUUGAAGAGGACCUGGUCAUCCUGAUUGAUGGACUAAACGAGGCAGAGUUCCACAAGCCUGACUAUGGAGACACCAUCGUCUCCUUCCUCAGCAAAACCAUCAGCAAGUUUCCCCCCUGGCUCAAACUGGUGGUCACUGUUAGGACCACAUUACAGGAGAUUACCAAGCUGCUCCCAUUCCACCGGAUCUCUUUGGACGGCCUGGAGGAGAACGAUGCCAUUGACCAGGACCUGCAGGGUUACAUCCUGCACCGCAUCCACAGCAGUCCUGAAAUACAAAACAACAUUUCUCUCAAUGGCAAGAUGGACAACACCACUUUCGGCAAGCUCUCUGCCCACCUCAAAGCCCUCAGCCAGGGCUCUUAUCUGUACCUCAAACUCACCUUUGACCUUAUAGAGAAGGGUUAUCUGGUCCUCAAGAGCUCCAGUUACAAGGUGGUGCCUGUCAACCUUGCUGAGGUGUACCUGCUACAGUGCAACAUGCGGUUCCCCACCCAGUCGUCUUUUGAACGGGCCCUCCCCCUACUGAACGUGGCUGUAGCCUCCCUCCACCCGCUAACUGACGAGCAGAUCUACCAGGCAAUUAACGCUGGCUCUCUGCAGGGCACGUUGGACUGGGAGGACUUCACACAGCGCUUAGACAACCUGGCCCUCUUCCUGGUCAAGAGGAGGGAUGGGACCAGGAUGUUUGUUCAUCCAUCGUUCAGGGAGUGGCUGAUCUGGAGGGAGGAGGGGGAGAAGACUAAGUUCCUCUGUGACCCAAGGAGUGGCCACACCCUGCUUGCAUUCUGGUUCUCCCGGCAGGACACCAAACUGAACCGGCAGCAGACCAUUGAGCUGGGACACCACAUACUCAAAGCACACAUCUUUAAGGGCCUAAGCAAGAAGGUUGGGGUUUCCUCGUCCAUCCUCCAGGGACUCUGGGUUUCCUACAGCACAGAGGGCCUGUCCACUGCCCUGUCGUCACUCCGAAACCUCUACACGCCAAACAUCAAGGUCAGCAGACUACUGAUGCUCGGUGGUGCCAAUGUGAACUACCGCACGGAGGUCCUGAACAACGCCCCAGUGCUGUGUGUCCACGCCCACCUGGGGUACAUGGACAUGGUGGGGCUGCUGUUGGAGUACGGGGCCUCCGUGGACCAGCCCUCUGAGAGUGGUCUCACCCCGCUGGGCUACGCUGCUUCCGGGGGACACAUCACCAUCGUCACUGCGCUGUGUCGCCGGAGAGCCAAGGUGGACCACCUGGAUAAGAAUGGCCAGUGUGCCUUGGUGCAUGCUGCUCUCAGGGGCCACAUGGAGGUGGUCAAGUUCCUCAUCCAGUGUGACUGGGCCAUGGGACAACAGCCACAGCAAGGGGCCUUCAGCAAGAGCCAUGCCGUCCAGCAAGCCCUGGUGGCAGCAGCCAGCAUGGGAUACACCGAGAUUGUGUCCUAUCUGCUGGACCUGCCAGAAAAGGAUGAGGAGGAGGUGGAACGUGCUCAGAUCAACAAUUUUGAUACUCUGUGGGGAGAGACAGCUCUGACCGCUGCGGCCGGCCGGGGGAAGCUAGAUGUCUGCAGGCUGCUUCUGGAGCAGGGGGCAGCGGUGGGUCAGCCCAACAGACCAGGCAUCGUCCCCUUGUUCAGCGCCGUCCGUCAGGGACACUGGCAGAUCGUGGACCUGCUCCUGAAUCACGGGGCUGAUGUGAACCUGGCCGACAAGCAGAGUAGAACCCCUCUGAUGAUGGCUGCCUCAGAGGGUCACCUAGGCACAGUGGAGUUCUUACUGGCACAAGGCGCGUCCCUCCCUCUGGUGGACAAGGAGGGGCUGACGGCUCUGAGCUGGGCCUGUUUGAAGGGUCAUCUUCCUGUGGUGCGCUGUCUGGUGGAGAGAGGCGCGGCUACAGACCACGCUGACAAAAACGGACGCACGCCCCUUGACCUGGCUGCCUUCUACGGGGACUCGGAGGUGGUCCAGUUCCUGGUGGACCAGGGGGCCAUGAUAGAGCAUGUGGACUACAGCGGGAUGCGUCCUCUAGACCGAGCCGUGGGCUGCAGGAAUACAGCGGUGGUAGUCACCCUGCUCAAGAAAGGAGCCAAAAUAGGAUGUCAGACGCUGCCCAGUCGGCCCAGAGGUCCGGCCACGUGGGCCAUGGCGACCUCCAAACCCGACAUCAUGAUCAUCCUACUGAGCAAGCUGAUCGAGGAGGGAGACGGCUUCUACAAGAAGGGGAAGGUGAAGGAGGCUGCACAGCGCUAUCAGUACGCCCUGAAAAAGUUCCCCCGCGAAGGCUUCAGCGACGACCUCAAGACCUUCAGGGAGCUCAAGGUGUCCAUCUUCCUCAAUCUGUCCCGGUGUCGGAGGAAAAUGAACGACUUUGGGAUGGCUGAGGAGUUUGCUACAAAGGCGCUCGAACUGAAACCCAAAUCAUACGAAGCGUACUAUGCCAGAGCCCGGGCCAAGCGUAGCAGCAGGCAGUUCCCUGAAGCCUUGGAGGAUCUGAAUGAAGCCAUGAAGCAGAGCCCCAACCACCGCGAGAUCCAGCGCCUCCUGCAGCGAGUGGAGGAGGAGUGUAGACAGCUCGCCCAGGAGGAGGAGGACGCGCAGAAGCUGGAGCCGCCGCCCUCUCCUCCGCCCUCUCCUCCCCCGGAGGAGGAAGAGAUGUCCCUGUCCUCCCUGCCGCUCCCCAUAGAGCUCCCUCCUCCCCCGGAGCCCCGGCUGGAGGACAUGGAGCCAGUCCAGGACCUGUUUGAGGAUGACGACUACCUGGAGCAGGAGCUGGAGGCCAUGUCUAUGGGUGGUCUGGGUCUGCCUCUGGACAGGGAGCCGCGCUCCAACCCCUCCGGCCUGCCGGUCAUCCACAGUCCCCCUCUCUCCCCGACCGGACACGGCCAGGCCUGCCGCUCGUCCGCGGGUCAGGUCUACGACUUCGGUCGCCCGAGUCCCACCUCCAUGUCCUCGCCGGGCAGCCAGAGCUACCAGCCUCCGUCUCCACCCUCCCUCUCCCCCGCCCACCAGAACUCCCACUACCGGCACAGCCCUCCACCGACCUCCCCAGUGCACCAGAGCGCCUACCGCUUCAGCCCACCUACCGUCGGGGACGGCGGAGGAGGGGUGGGCCAGGGGAUGGACCACGGCCAUCAGAGCCCGCCGCUCUCUCCCCUGCGCCGGUGUGCGGUCCAGGGUCAGUACCGAGCCAGCCCCCCGGUGGAGAGCCAGUACCGAGCCAGCCCCCCGGUGGAGAGCCAGUACCGAGCCAGCCCCCCAGUGGAGAGCCAGUACCGAGCCAGCCCCCCAGUGGAGAGCGUGUGUCUGUACAGAUCCCAGUCGGGCUCUCCGGUGCGCUACCAGCAGGAACCCAUUCCCUUGUCUAAGAUGAGCAGCCAGAGGUCCUUCCAGCUGAGCUCGCAGCCUUCCCUGCACCACCAGGCCUCCCUGCACCACCAGCCCUCGCUGCACCACCAGGCCUCCCUGCACCACGACACCCUCCAGACCCACCAGCACCACCAGGCCCAACUGCACCACCAGGCCUCCCAGCAGCACCACCAGGCCCAGCUUCUCCACCAAGCCUCUCAGCACCACCAGGCCCAGGGCCUGCGCCUCCAGCCAUCCAUGGCGCAGAUCGUUCGCACCAACCAGCCCGGCAAUUCCUAUGGCCACCCCAUGCGCUACCAGGGUGGCUCCAUGGACGUGGCGAUGGAGAGCCAGAGCCGGUUGGUGUACCAGCCCUCCCUGGAUGGCCGCUCCAUGCCCCAGUCCAGCCUGUCAGCCGGGGCCCUCUGUCAGCACGGUGGGCGGGGAGGGGUGAUAGAGGGUCUGAUAAAGGAUGACCUACCCCAGCGCCCGUCUUCUGCCUACCGUACCACCGGCGGCGUACAAGGGGUCCAGGGCGGCGUCCGCUACAGCCAGACCCCCCAGAUCAGCCGCAGCCAGUCGGCCGCAUACUACCCGGUCGCCAAGCACGAGCUGGAGCGCCAAAACAGCGUCAUGCCCCAGUGCCAGCUGGGAUCGCCAGAGAUCGCCCACAUGGUCAGGCGGCCAAUCAGCGCCAACCCGGCAGAGAUCAAGCAGCACAUCUCCACUCCCCGGCCCCUCAUCCACUCCCAGAGCGUAGGUCUCCGUUUCUCCCCCUCCAGCAACAACAUCUCCACGGCGAGCUCCGGCUGUAAUCUAGCCCCCGGCUUCAGGCCUUCCUCGUCCGUCCAGGGAAUGGAGAUCCCGCUGCAGGUGGCCUAUGAGGGCUACGAGGGCUACGAGCGUUCUUGCAAUGACGACGUCUCCCCAAUCUCGCCCCCCCAGGGAGGCGGCGGGGGGCUGUACCACGGCGAGGGCACCCGCUCGCGGACCACACCCUUCAUGGGCAUCAUAGACAAGACGGCCAGGACGCACCAGACUCAGUACCUGCAGCAGCCUUCGUCCCAGCGGCCCUGGGUCAUGACCUCCAUGGACUCCGGCGUCAGCCCCACGUCUCCCGGCCAGCUGGCCCAGCAGGUCUCGUCCUACAGCCCGCCCACCUCGCUGGGGAACAUCGCCUACUACAACAAGACGAACAACGCCCAGAACGGACACCUCCUGGAGGAGGACUACUACCAACAGCCCCAGCAGCAGCAGUCCUCCCUGGGCAAGCUCGCCAACGGCGGCUCCCGGGGCGGAGGGGGAGAGGACGUCCUGGAACGGGUGAGCCAGAUGCCCACCUAUCCAGACGUGAAGGUGGCCAGGACCCUGCCCGUAGCUCAGGCCUACCAGGAUAACAUGUACCGGCAGCUCUCCCGCGACAGUAGGCAGGGCCCCACGUCCCCCAUCAAACCAAAGAGACCUUUCGUGGAGUCCAAUGUUUGAACGUCCCGCGCGGACCCGGGCGUGUGUGGGUGGGAUGCGGAAGGCAGGGCGGCUGAGUAAAGGCACGUCACGGAUGAGGAACAGACAGAGUACGCCACUCGUGAAAAGCGGCAUCUACCAUAGACACGUGCCCAGGGGCAGGCAGUUGUGAAACGAGACACGGAGAAAUGCGGGACUGCUGUUUUGUUGUUAUGCUUCAACUCUGCACAUAUAGAAAGAAAAGAAAUCGAAGGGUGACGAUAGGGCCAGUCCUGUUUACACACACAGGACUCUUGGUCGUAAAGUUUCUAAGGCGGGGGGGGGGGGGGCGGCAGUGUGAAACUGGGGGACCUUUACCUUACUCCACCAGUGGACACUAUCCAUCCACCAUAUUCUAUCCUUAAAAUACCAAGUGUGCUCCUAUUCAAGGUUGCUACUAUAUGUAAUACAAUAUUCAUGAUGUUCAAUACUGUAAAUGGCUCCAACUUUACAGUGCUUAGAGGGAAAAAAAUGAUAUUUAUUGAGUUAUGUAAUGUAUAUAUGUAUGAACAUAACAGUUUGCAUUUGGAUUGUUUCUGUUUUGCCCCGUUUUUAACCUUUUGUCAUCCUAGUCACGCAACAGCCAGUUUGGAAGGUGGACUGGGGCUGGUGAUGAGGGACAUUUACAAACUUUGAAUUACUCAGAUGAAUAUUAGGUUUGUUAUAUUUGUGGUAUUUUCACUCCAACAUAAAUAAUGUUGCCUUUAGUUUGAAGUUCAUUGUAACUGCUAUGGCCUUUUACACACAUGCCCUAGAGACUAGUACCCAUCCAAUACAAUACUGGACAUAAUUGCUACAUUGUGCUCGUAAAAUGUUGUUAUUCUUCCAAGAGAAUUGCAGUGCUUAAGCUGUAUAAGGAGUAUAGUUUUGUGCAAUAUCUGUAUUUUUUUAUUGCCAGACUGGACAGAGAAUGUCAUAAAAAUACCAAAGUUUGUAGAUGUCCCCAUUCCAUGCUUCAAGUAAUAGAAAAACACGAUGACAUGAGGAAGAUGAUGAUGUUUAAUCAGCAAAGUAAAUGCAGACAUGCGAACCACUGUUUUUAAGAAAUGUUUAUUUUGCAUUUAGAUCCUAUAAUUUGCUUUCGUUAUUUACAUUUUUUUAUUCAACAAUUUCUGCACUAAAUGCCUGUGAAGUUCUUAACUAAGGUUGCACUUUAUGUAUUUUAAUUAUUUUAUUAUCAUUAUAAUUGUUAAUCAGUAUGGAUGAAUGGAGGUUGGGUGGGGCUUCUUGCCAAUGAUACUGGAUAAUGACUCAUCGUCUUAGGAACGCUGAUCUACCAAGCAAGUUCUUAAUUUAUAACAUGAAAAGCAAACAAUGUUUUUAAAUGUAUGAAGAUGUAUAGACUUUAUAGCACAAACUGUAUCUGUUGUAUAUACAGUACUGUCCAAAAUAUCCCCCUCUUGCCAACCCCAGAUCCCUUCAGACAGGUUGCACAAAUGGCUUCUGUGCUUUUGAAUCUGCACUACCAGUGGAAAUGUUCUGAUUUUGCAGUUCUUAGAGCUACUCUUCAAAUCAGUCCUAGUGUGUGUGAAAGCCUCUGACUGAAAAACAAAGUCGAUCAGAUGUCCCCAAAUUAGUCUCAAGGUGAAGUCCUGAAGAGACAAAUAAAAAGAUUGUAUGGUUGUAAUCAUGACAUAUUUUUAUAUUUGGCAGGUGUGAGUAUAGAAAAUUGCUGCAUGAAAGUAUGUAGGUCAGAUUCAAUGUUCAGUUAGUCGUUAUCAGUUCACAGACAGCUUAUGUUUGGGUCUCGUUUUCAAUUCAAAUCACUAAAUGAAAUGGCAAAAAUGGUACCCGAUUGUCAGUAAAACUCACAAAGGACAAACGUUAAAACCUUACUGUACGUUUGAGAGUUGUACUAUUUCAAAAAUGACUAUGACGAGGAACUUUUGAGGUGUUUUAUCAAAUUUUUAUGUAAAAUAGUUGGCUGUAAAUAUUCAAAAGCAUGUUUUAUUAUUUCUCCAGUCACGAUCUCAAACAGAAACACAUACAGUAUAUACAUAAAGUGUCCUGAAUCUGGUCUGUGAUAAACAUUUGUGAUUUUGGAUAAGAGUAAAGAAGCUGUUAUCCCUGAAUGUCUUUUAUCCUUUCCCUCCAACCAGACAAAACGCAAAACUCUGAAGGGUUCCUAAUUUUAUUUUAAUGUAUUGCUUGCUGAGCAGAGUUCUCUUGUCUGUACAUGUGAGCUUUCAGAGCGCUGUGAUGAUAGUUGAAUUAAAAACAAUUAAAAGAAUGUGUUUUUAUCUCAUGAUAACUGAUUGUAAUCUGUACAGUCCAAACUAUGUAUUGAAGAAUAACAUAUAUAAAAAUGGUUACCACUGAAAAACC